CUUGGUUUGGCAACAGGGAUCUUCCGGCCAGAGAGGAGAAUCGCUCCAACGGACCAAGACCAAAAGCCCGACUAACCGGAGAGGAGUAUCAAGCUUCAACCGGUGAAGAUCUCCGAUCAAGAGUCGAAGAGAUAGAAGGAGAAGAAGAGCACAGGAAAUAUGCUUCCCACCUCUUCAUCGAAAGGGCGAACCAGCUCUCAUGUUCGGCCCAAUUCUGUUCUCCCCCAGUACCUCCGCAGAAUUGUCAAGUGGCAACAAAUGGACAUUGAAUAUACUUUUUGGCAAAUGCUCCACCUAUGUACCUCUCCUAAAGUGGUAUAUCAGCACACUAAGUACCACAAACAGACGAAGAACCAAUGGGCACGGGAUGAUCCUGCAUUUAUUGUGAUAUGCUGUCUCCUUUUAUUGGUUUCUACUUUAGCUUACUGUGCUGCGUAUGAUCACAGCGUUGGACAUGCAAUUUUUGUGGUCAUCUCUAUAUUGGUUUUUCAUUUUUUAAUAGCUGGAGCUGCUUUGUCUACAUGUUGUUGGUUCUUGACCAACAAUUAUCUUCGAGAGGAAGCUCCAAACAGUCAUGUGGUGGAGCAACGAGUAGAAUGGUUGUAUGCAUUUGAUGUCCACUGCAAUUCUUUCUUCCCAAUGUUCAUCCUGCUUUAUGUCCUACAUUAUUUUAUAUCCCCAGUUUUGGUCGCACACGGUUUCAUUCCCCUCUUGCUGUCUAAUUUGCUCUUCAUGGUUGCUGCUUCCUACUACCAUUACCUCAACUUUUUAGGUUAUGAUGUAUUGCCCUUCCUGGAGAAGACCACUUUCUUCCUGUACCCAAUUGGCCUAGUCAUUGUUCUUUCUCCUAUUUUUAUAUUGAGUGGCUUCAAUCCAUCAAGAUAUUUCAUGAACAUGUACUUCAGCAGAAUGUUAUAGUUGCAGCCAAUAGUUCACCUCGCGGAUGAGUUAAUGUCAUUUAUGCCCUCUGCAGUGUCGUUAUAACCCACACCAGAUAGGAAGAAGUGGAAAUUUGUUAAGUUCUCUGGUAAGGACUUUUAAAAUUUAGGAUUGAGCAUUGUAAUAGAGUAGUCUACUGCGGCUGUCAAAACUGAUGAAUCACUUAUUCAAUAUAUAUACUCCGUAUAUAGUUUCUGUCUUAACCUCUUCUUUCAGUGCUUUGGCUAUUCGAUUUGAGAUUUAUUCAAGUGUGCAUUUUACCCA